AUGUCAGCAGGUUCGUCCUCGACACUGUCAUGUUCUGUGCAAGGAGUAUUUUCAGAAGCCUUUCAAUUGGCCGAAGCGGAACAAAAAAUGAAUGUUUAUGCGGAAGCAAUCGAUGACGAAGGAACCGUAGAGCAAUUCAGUCAACUUGCUGAAUUCUAUUCAUCGAUUAAGAAUUAUUCAAGUGCCGGAAAAUACCAUUAUAGGGCGAAGCAUUACAGAAAGGCUCUCGAUUUGUUAUUGUUGAACGGUGAGGAUUCCGAAGCGAUAAAAACGGCGAUCGAGUGUGUGGCCGAGGCUAGAGAUGCUGAUUUGUGUAAACAGCUUACCGACUUUCUGAUGGGCGAAACGGACGGCAUUCCGAAGAAGAAUCUUGCUAACUCAUUCAAGUUCCAGGAUGCAAAGUAUUUGUUUCGAUUCUACGUUGCAAUGCAAAUGAAUCAAGAAGCAGCUAAAACAGCGAUUAUAAUCGCGCGUGAAGAGCAAAACCGAGGCUCGUAUAGAAUGGCACAUCACUUAUUAUUUGAAAUGCAUCAAGAACUUGUGCACAAACAAAUCAAAGUGCCAUAUGAAAUGCAGAACAAUCUCAUGCUGCUUCACAGUUACCUCAUCGUUAAGGUGAUAAAUCUCAUUCAUUCUCAUAAUCAUCGUUCUUUUCUGAUCCGGUCUUUGCACAAGCAAAUUCAAAUCCUUUUGAAACAAUUCUAG